CGGGUGAGGCAGCCUUGACCGUGAGAGAGAACGAGCAUGAGAAGGCCGGCUAUCUUGCUCUUGGGUAAAUAUCUUACUAUGUCAACUGCUAAGCUAAUAGGACGGACGCAGGAGAGAGCAUCGGGCAGGGCGUACCGGACAGCCAGCCAGCCGUGUCCUGAUGACAUCCCCUCCAGGCCAUACGGCAACCACAAGAGCCAUCCAAGACAGGGGUGAUUACCACUGAGAGUCACAAUUCGCUAGUGCUAGUAUCUCAGACAUUUUUGCGCCGACCAGCUACAGCUUGACUCAGUUGACGGUCCGGGACCUACCGGGAGACAUCUGGUGCUGUUGUUAACCGUUUUAUUAUAUGCUUACCACCGGGGGUCUCAAUCUCUAUUUUGUCAUAUUCUCCAACUCCAUAUAGCUGAUUAUAGAGCUGAUUGAUAUUAUGGAGCCCAUUUCCACUUCCAUCGGAAUCAUUGCCCUCGCCGACCCUGCGUUGAAGUUUACCAACUACCUCAUGACCAUCCGAAGCACGUCCCGCACAAUUAAUGCUGAAAUCAAGGCUCUAAUAAAACUUAUUAGUGCCAUACGGUCAACCCAUCAGCAGCUUGAAGAACUCUGGUUGAGAAACCUCAAGAAACGCUCAACAUCAGACGACGCUGAAUCCGGUGGCAACAACGGCAAUGGUGAUAACCGAAUAAUCGAUGAAAUCUGGCAAAACGCAAACAACUUCAUUGAACAAUGCAAUAGGAGUGUUUUCCAGCUCGAAGAUUGGCUCAAGAAUGUUGUUGGCAAAGGGGGCCAGGUGCCAACAAGCAAAAUCGACGCCUUCAAAAAGGCGAUACGGAGAGAGCACGGAGCUGAGGAGUACAGGCGCAUCUUUAAUCAUCUCCAGCAAUGCCAAAAUGGCAUCCACACAUCUGUGUAUUCCCUGACAUUGUAUUACACGAACAAAUUGCACAAGUCAUUAGGGGAGCUGUCAGAUGCGUCACGUAACCAGUUCGCUGAGUUGCAAGCUAGUGUCAGGGAGCUUCGACGGGAUGUCCAAGGGCUGGGGACAGAUAAUUCUCCCCAGUCGCCCCGCACUCCAGCAUCAUCCGUUACUUUCAACAAGCACUUUUACAUCCCGCAAAAUGUCAUGAGUUACUACACCGGUCGGGAAAAGCAGCUAAGCGAACUGGAACAGAUGCUUGACGUUGUCCGGUCACGCGAACGACAAACCCACCAAAAGCGCUUCGUAAUACACGGUCUCGGUGGCUCUGGGAAGACCCAGUUCUGCUGCAAAUUUGCCCAGGACAAUAGGGAGCACUACUGGGCGGUCUUUUGGAUCAACGGGAGCUCCAAUGAAAGCGCCAAACACUCGUUUGCGGAGAUUGCCAGAAUUGGCGGGACUGAACCAAAUGAUAAAGCAGCCAAGCACUGGCUCUCCAACCUCUCGAAGCCCUGGUUACUGCUGAUCGACAAUGCUGAUAAUCCGGACAUUGACGUGAUGGACUUCAUUCCGGCCGGCGACCGAGGCGUGAUAAUGAUUACGACUAAGAACCCUACUGUUGCAGGGAACUGCACCCAGGGCACUCAUUUGCUUCAUUUCGAGAGAUUGGAGAAUGAGGAAGCCCGAGAUCUGCUCUUGGCGUCGGCCGCUAUUCCACAGCCCUGGGCUACAUCGACAGCGGAGCAUGCGGAUCGCAUCGCCCAGAUUCUGGGGUACUUGCCUCUCGCGCUUGUCCACGCUGGGAAGGCGAUACUGAAAAGGCUAUGCUCGUUGAAGGAUUAUCACGAAUACUACCAGAGGACGUGGAAUAGGAUCCGCCGCUCGCGAAGCCGGAGCCGAAGCCGAAGGCUCUGGUCCUCCCAUGACUUGGAUCGAGUAGAUGUCGAUCAAAAGUCCAACUUGCAUGUGUACUCAUCGUAUGAGAUGAUAUAUGUCGAUUUGGAGAGAAAGGACGACCAGCAGUCGAGGGAUGCCCUUGAGCUCCUCAAGACGUUCUCCUUCAUCAACCGGGAGAACAUUACAUUGGAUCUUCUCAUCGCCGCGGCCAUUAACCCCCGGAGGGAGCGAAUGGCAGCCGCCAAAGAACCCGCAGCCCUUCCUGCCAACAGGGUCUCCAAGACAUGGAAGCAAGUUUUUCACGAGUGGCUUGUUGCAGCGAUAGAACCACUAGCAAGAUCUAUCAAUCGUGCCGUAAUACCAGCUGUCCUGCGCGACGAGGACGGCAGUCCCUUUGAUCAAGACCGACUGCGCAGGGCGUUGCCCCUUCUCGUUAGUCUGGGUCUGUUGGGCUGUCAGGAGAAAACCGAAAGUUACUGGAUGCAUCCAUUGGUGCAUACCUGGGUGCGGCAGAGACCUGAGACCGGCACUGCAGAGCAGGCAGUUUGGUGCCAUGCUGCAGCGACGGUUCUACUCCGCUCGAUAUUCAUGAUAGCCCCCACCGAGUUCACGGACCAGGAUGCAAGCUUGAAAAGACAGAUCUCUCCGCACUUUGAGAGUGUGCUAAGUUAUCGGAAAGAGAUUGCGAGUCGCCUUGAAGAGAACAGAAGAGCGCACGGUCGCCUUUUGCACCGACUCUCACGACUUUUUCCCCAGCCUAGCUCACAGAGAAUUCAAGUUCUCGAAGAUGCGAAAUAUAGCCUUGUUUGCCAGCAACGCGGCGAAUGGACCAGGGCUGAGACGCUCCAGCGGCAGGUGAGGGAAUAUAUUUUCGCGAUGCUGGGCCCAGAGUCGCGCCUCGGGGUUCAGAUCACAGUCCUCUUGUCUGUCAAUCUCAAGCUACAGACGCGGAAUAACGAGGCCCGACAACUGUUACAGCAAGCACUGCGGGCCUGCAAACGCCUCAAUGGUCCAGACCAUUACAAAACACUCAUGAUCAAGGACAUGCUUGGGACUGUCUGUCUCUCAUGCAGUAGACUGCGUGAAGCCCAAGCGCUGCACCAAGACGUCGUCAACCGAUUCAAGAGCCUCAAAGAAUUCGGGCUGGACCACGAAGACACAUUGACUGCGAUUCAUCAUCUUGCGCUCGUCAAGCAACGUUUUCUCCAGCAUGACGAGGCGUUCAUACUGCUCAAAGAAGUACAUGAACGCCUCGGCAAGAAAUCUCCAGGAAAAGACAAGACAUUAGAUGUGCAGAAUGAUCUCGCGGGGAUAUAUGGCUUCAUGGGCGAAAGGUAUCUCCCACAGGCUCUUGCAUUGAGUGAGGAGGUCACCCAACUCAGAGCAGGGCGCCUCGGAGACAACAGCGUAUCGACACUCCUCUCCAAGCUAACGACAACGAAAGUCAAGAUUGCCAUGGGCCGGUUCGCCGAGGCCGAGCGGGAUCUUCUGGAAGGGUUGUCCUUAGUCAAGGAGAUCUUGGGCAAAACGCAUUUGGGCACUCUUGUAGCUCAAACUUGGCUAGGGCAUCUGUACUGGCGUCAGGGACGUUAUGCAAAGGCGCAGGCAAUCCUAGAAGAGGUCAUUGAGGCGCAAAAUUUCGCCCAUUCGAAACGAGCUGACGGCGAGCAUAUUGACCGAGUUCAAGCAAUGUGGUUUUUGGUUCAUUGCUACGAAGAUCAGGGCAAGAUCUCCGAGGCUCUGCAGAUGGGCGAAAAGGUCACUCAACUUGUGACGAACUUUGGUGGAAAGGGGCUUGGACGGCAGCACAAACUCUGGGGGUAUGUUCAGGAAAAGAAUGAACAGUUGCUAAAAUUGAAAAAGCAAGGUGGCCGAUGUAUGGUUGCUGCGCUUGCUGGAGACGAGGAGCGUACUCCACCGCCAAAGAAAGUCGUAAAGGGUUUGACGUUUUGAUUUGUACGGUUGUGAUUAUGUACGAUGUAGCUGAGCAUGGAUUGAACAGAAU